GAUGAAGACGGUCGUACCCUUAGGUAUGCUACUACUGCUCGGUUUGCUGCUACUGAUUCAACCGGCCCACAGCGCACCCUUCAAUGUGCGCGACCCGGUCGAGGAAGGUUUGGCUAUGCCGGAAUCAAAGAUGAUUGAUUUCGAAAAUCUGACCGAAAGCGAACGGGAACAGUUCUUGCGGGAUAACGUUAACAUCACCGCCAUCAAGAUACAGCAGCGUGUGCUGCGGGAGAAGCAGAACAUGAACCGUACCAGCGGUCCGCUGGCCAUCACCCAGAGCACCAUCGACCGGAACGUGUCCGAUCGGGUGAAAACCAGAAAAGAAUACGCAGAGCAUAUAAUCGGUAACAUCAAGCACAACAUCGAGAGCAAUCUGAUGCGCAACGACACCGUGUCCCAUCUGGCUGCGACGCACGAGAUGGCAUUUUCCGCCUCCUGUGAUGUGCCCAAACACACCAACACUAGCCAGUGGGCGGAAGACAACACCUGGAAUCUAUAUUUCCGUUUGCCUCACAAUAAGCAGUAUAAUUCUGUCAGCUCGGCUGUAUUAAGAUUGUACAUGAAUGGAAUCAAUUCAACCGGUACACGCAAUCCCCGUGAAUCAGACAACUGUAAGAACCCUUCGGAGCAGAUGAUUCGCAUCACGGCUUCGGUGUACUUCCGGAAGAACAGGAAGGACAAUACCCAGGAACGCAAGAAGCGCAUGUGCAGCAGCACAACGAUCACCCAAUCGUACCGGGGCUGGAUCACGAUGGAUACGCUGCUGGCCGUGAAACUUUGGGACAAACCGAACCGCAACUUUGGCAUCGCGAUCGACGUGGAAGAUCAGGAGGAUCGACCAUUGCGGGCGGCCGAUUUCUUCCAACCAGCCGAUUGCUCGGAGGCAAGUAAAGGCAAUGCUUCAACCGUACUUCCAUGGAGCUUUUUCCGAAAUACACUCUCAUGGACCGCUAAUGAAAUGGACAAUGUGCCACACCAACCGCGAAUAGACGUAAUGAUGCAUCAGAGAAGUAUCCAUCACAAUCAUCGCCCGUACCGUACCAAGCACCAUUACGGGCACAGUGUGCGUUAUCAUCUGGCGAACGGUUCCAGCACCGGCAGCAAUUCGGGAAAUUCGUACGAGCUUGAUGACAUCGACACCAGGAGUGGCGCUGUCUCGACCACCAACCACCAAAACUACCAGCGCGUCCACCACAUGCACCACAUACUGCACAAACUACAGGCCAAUCAGCAGCACAUUGCACAGCAGCAAGUUGUACAGCACCCGGUGGCUAUCAACCGAGCACAGAUCAAGCGCCGCCAUCUGCACCAUCAUCACACCGAAGCUAACAACGACGAAAGUCAGGAGGAGAAUCAAUCCGUGUCUUCGUCUGCAACGCUCGAUUCAAUGGCUUCCACGUCCGGUGAGGAUCGUAAUCUAUGA